ACGAGAGAUUUUGAAAAUGGAUAAAUGAUUAUCGUCGAAAUGAUUGUCUCUUACAGUCUCUCUCUAUCUCUCUCUCUCUCUAUAUAUAUAUAUAUUGUGAGAGACACAGUCAAAGACAAACGGCCAAUCACUUUUAAUCACGAAAUGGAACCUAUAUUUUAGCUUAAACCAAUACAUUGAUAUACUAUAUAAUUUCAUCUGAAGAGCAUAUGCAGUCAUUUGUAAAGUGUAUAAUGUUGCGUUUCUCUUAGAGACGAAGAGAUUAAUCAGAUCCAAAGGAAAUGGAGGUUAUUGAUGGAGGAAAUUGUCUGUCUGCCCUAGGGACCACUAAAAAUAACUUCACCAGUGCCUCGGAAAACAUAAAGAGAGCUUUGAACUAAGCUAUUGUCAUUAACUCUGCCUCUUUCUUUUAAAGUAUAACAAAGACCGUAUAGCAUGCCAUCUCUAAAGGGAAGAAGUUCUGUAGAGUAUUAAAACGUAAAGCCAUCAGGCGGGAAAACGUAUACGAAGAGCACAAAAAACAGUCAAACAAAAAUAAAUACUCGUCACGAAGAAACUUGUUUAACCAAAUCGUAAAAUGUUCAACUGUGGCUGAUCUGGGGAGGUUUUUCCAAGGAAUGAAACUCUAAAAAGACUUAUUUAUCCAUCCAUGAUGACUUCAAAAGAACAAGCUUGUGACUUCCAUCACAAGUUUUUCAUUAGCUGACAGCCUGUUGAGAAACAUAUUCACAGUUUACAUUUACUGUUAUGCAUAUAAGUAUAUAUAACCAAAGAGACGGCCCUUGUUUUUCAGCUUCCCUAAUCAGUAAUUGUCUCCCACAGUUAUGCAGGAUUUAUUGAAAUUUGUUCAGGCCGUGGUAACAGAGAUCACCCUGAUACUGCCUUCUCAAUGCACUUUUUGUUCCCGUUUAUAAAAAAACAGUCAUGGGUUCAGUUUGAGCGUAUUUCUCACAUGUUGAUCCUGAUGCUGAGCUGUCAUUCUCAGAUUUAUCUGGAUGACCUAAAAUAGUCCUAUCCUAAAAUAAACCCGGAAAAUUUCAAGAAUUGAUGCAGGAAUUUCGAGACAAAAAGAAACCAUGUCACGUUACAUAAACUAGCAUCACAGGUGCCCAUCCUUCUCUACACAUUAUAACAAAUGUGGCUGUUAGAAAUAUAUCCUUAUAACCUAGCUUAAUGUGAAAUUAAUACAUAAGCCAUAUGUAGGUUUUGAAGACUGUACAUGCAGUCAGCAAGAAAAGGCCGCGUCCGCUUUGGAAGGCUGUGACUGAAAUAAAAAGUUUAAAAUUUAAGAACAUGAAUGCUCAGCAAUGAAUGCUCUGCAGUGAAUGGGUGCCGUCAGAAUGAGAGUCCAAACAACUGAUCAAAUCAUCAAAAUCAUCCAAAAGUGAUCCACCCCCCUCCAGUCCAGUCCAUCAGUUGACAUCUUCUGAAGCAAACAGCUGCACGAUUGUCCGAAACUACUAUCUAUAAUCCAUUCUGACGGCACCCAUUCACCGUAGAGGAUCAAUUGGAGAGCAAGUGAUGCAAUGUUGAAUUUCUCUAUAUCUGUUCCCAUGAAGAAACAAACUCGUCUCCUGCUCAGAAGGCCCGACGGUAAGAAUAUUUUCAUAUUUAGUAGAACCACCCCUUUAAAUUCUGCCAGCUAUAUCAUGUCUGCACAAUUAAUUUUUCAUAUUCUUGUAUUCCCCAUAUUGCAACUUGCAAACAAAAACAAUGAUAGAUGAUGGCGAUUACUGUUAUUUAUAAUAUAAUUCUUUUUUGGUAACACUUUCUAUGAAGCCUGUAUUUAUAAUACAUUAUAAGGGUAUACUUAACGCAUUAUAAUACAUGUCAUAUUCAUAUUCAUAAGAACAGUUUUAAGGUGUUAUAAUUUUUCACUCAUUUAUGGUUGUAGCUUUUCAGAGUAUGAUCAUUUAUAACACACGGCGAACGUGAUUCAUCCCCUUACGUUACAGUGGAUUAUAUUUUUCAUAUUUAUAAGUCUUUAUGAGCAUUAUAUUGUGCCAUUUUAUUUGUUAGUUUACUUAAAGUACACAAAUACCACUUAUAUGUAGUAAUAAUAACAAUAAUACAUUAAUAAUAGCAAUAAGAUCAUACAUCAAAUCAGAUGAAUCAGAUUAUUUUAUAAUAUCAGUUUGAUUAUUUUGAUGAUACCCUGCAAACUACAACAAGCCUUCAUUAGUGUGCCGCUAAAUACAUGCUAACGCUUUAUUUUGCACUUUUUUUUACUUCACAAGUAUGAGAACUUUCUACCCACCCUAUAAAGUCUACUUAUACUCUCAGGUCUAUAUAAUAAACAGCAUUUCUUUCAGUUGAAAGUACGAGCUAGCUCACAUUAGCCUCAGUAUUAGCCUCACAGGAAGCAGUUAGCCGCUCACGAGAUGUUGCAAGAUACUGUGCAAAUAUGAAAUAAACAAGGUCAAGAUAUGAUACAGUCCUUUAUAAAUGAAGCAGAUUUAAUAUGGUGUUCACUGUGUGUUAUAAAUAAUCACACUCUUAAAAGUUACAAUCAGAAAUAGUUAAAUGUUAUAAUGCGUUACAACCGUCUUCAUGAUUAUUUUUAAUAUAAUGCAUCAUGCAUUCAUUAUAACGCCCCUUAUAAUGUAUUAUAAAUGCACGCUUCGUAAAAAACGUUGCUUUUUUAUCACUCAACUUAUCCUUAUUGCAAUGAUGUGCCACGAGCAAUAAAGAAAUGCAAACUGAUCGUCGAUUACGUUGAACGCAAAGGCUCUUUUCUGCAAAGUUGCAAGCAUUCCGUUCGCGCAACAUGUCAGACAGACUCGGAGUCUGAUUCCUGCGGCGUGAGGAUGCUCUGAAAGCUUCAGAAGCUCUGGAGGUGGAGCUGUGGCCGUCCCCGAUCCUAUAUAUGCAUCCGAUGCAGCAGAGCCCCUUUCUUCACAGAGAUCUUCAAAAAGCCCUGGACUGAAAGAAGCGCACAGCCUUUGAGAUCCUUAGCAGGUUUACGUCGAGACAACUCCCGCUCCGAACAGGUUAAAGAUGCCCAACCCACCAACCCAGUGACUCUAAGAAAAGCCUACAACACUCUCAAUGAAUCCCUCGUCCACGAUGAACACUUCCGAGGCCACCCUGUCCCUUUGGGCCAUCCACGUCAACUCCAGUGCCGUUUCAUACCUCCUCAACGCCACCGAGACCCCAUCCCACGGCAAGUCCAAAGCAUGCGAGCAGCUCAACAUCGCCACCGAGGUGUUCCUCAUCCUCGGCAUUGUCAGUCUGCUGGAGAACAUCCUGGUCAUCUGCGCCAUAGUGAAAAACAAAAACCUCCACUCGCCCAUGUACUUCUUCGUCUGCAGUCUGGCCGUGGCCGACAUGCUAGUAAGCGUCUCUAACGCUUGGGAGACCAUCGUCAUCUACUUACUCACCAACCGCCAGCUGGUGGUGGAGGACCAUUUCAUCAGACAGAUGGACAACGUUUUUGACUCUAUGAUCUGCAUCUCCGUGGUGGCGUCCAUGUGUAGUCUUCUAGCUAUCGCCGUUGACCGUUAUGUCACAAUUUUUUACGCUUUAAGAUAUCACAACAUUAUGACGGUGCGCCGGGCCGCACUCAUCAUCGGUGGGAUUUGGACGUUCUGCACAGGCUGCGGAAUCGUCUUCAUUAUCUACUCCGACAAUACCUCUGUCAUUGUGUGCUUGGUUUCCAUGUUCUUCAUCAUGCUCGCGCUCAUGGCCUCCCUCUACAGCCACAUGUUCAUGCUGGCGCGAUCUCACGUAAAGCGAAUCGCCGCCCUGCCGGGCUACAACUCCAUCCACCAGAGAGCCAGCAUGAAGGCGGCCGUCACCCUGACCAUCCUUCUGGGGAUCUUCAUCGUCUGCUGGGCUCCGUUCUUUCUCCACCUCAUCCUCAUGAUCUCCUGUCCCAGAAACCUCUACUGCAUGUGCUUCAUGUCGCACUUCAACAUGUACCUCAUCCUCAUCAUGUGCAACUCGGUCAUCGACCCUCUCAUUUACGCUUUCAGGAGUCAGGAGAUGAGGAAAACGCUGAAGGAGAUCAUCUGCUGCUACAGUCUGAGGAACGUCUUUGGAAUGUCCAGGUAGUUUCAAACCCCAAAAAACGAGAGAUGGGUGAUCAUUUCACAACAAUUUAAGAAAGUCUUAGAAGAUAUCCCAACCCUGCCUUGGUCUAGAUGGAAAAUAUGUUUUUUUUGUGAUGAUACUCUUUCAAACUCUAUCAAACAAAAAAGCCAGACAAUUAAUCAGGAGCUCUUCAGUGCGCAAGGAUGCUAAUUAGAAUGAGGCAAUUGUUGAUAAUAUAUGUAGAUAUUGCUGGAGAAUUAAGGAGGCCUUAGAACUAUGGAACAAUAUAAUCCUCAACAGACAAUGGGUUUUAAUAUCGCAGUCUCCAGGGACAUGCAGGAGCUGUCAAUCAAAAUCUGUGGGAAAAACAAGUGCAAUCAUUUGUCAAAUUAAUCAUGCAAAACACAGCUUGAUGUAUUGUUGUAUAGGUAAGAUGAAACUGUAAUAAUGCAUGCAAUUUAUAUUGCUGAAUGCACUCUGUGGUUAGCGUUGAAACUAAGAAAGUAUGAGCCACUCUAUUGAAUCCCAAGAUAAAAUCCAAUGCCGGCAGUCUUCAGUUUUUUUUUAAUGGCACAAUAUAUAUAGACAUAUUACAAGACAGAACAUGAAGUACACUUAUAUAAGAAAACUGAGAAAAAUGGAUUUACUGUCAUGCUGUUCAUAAAAUGUGUGGUUAAGGUUUCAAGGCUUAUCAUGUCACUACCAAUUUUUCUACUGUCUUCAGGUGUUCUGCAAUAGAUGGAAUUGAAAUGCUCCACAUAUGCCUGUACAAUGUGUGUGUGUGUGUGUGUGUCUGUUUUAUGUAGCUGCAAAAAAGAAAUAAAAAAUAGUCUUAUAUAUAUUGAUACAAAAAGCAUAGCAGAGAAAAUUAGUUCUAUACUGUCUGACGAAACGUCAAAAACAAAACAAAACAUUGGUAUUGCUGACUUGUCAUCACAAUUAAAGCAUUUGUGGAAAUUCUGCCAAUUUAUAUAUUAUUAUAAUAAGCACGAAUGUGUACUUGAAGUUCAGGGUCUGCAAUUAUUCACUGUAUUUACUACUGACCCUUUAAAUGUAAUAACAUUCAUUUCUAUGGCUUACAAAAAAAUCAUCGAUGUGUAUUGGCUAUGAAGUUUCAGGGUGAGAGUCCGUGUUUCUGUUGUUUGUGAUUAUGCUGCUUACUGUUUACAGCCACUGGAAAAAAAUCUGUACAGAUGGAUUUUUUUUGCUUGUUGUUUCUGCAUUCAAUCAGUGCCACUCAAGUUAAAGACUAACAGAUGUCCAGAAAUAAAGUGAGGACUAAAUUACAUAUGUUUUCAUUGAAUAGUCAAUGUGUAAUUGCCACAAACCACAUGCAUGUUUUUAUUUAACCUGGUCGACCAAAUGCAUUUAUAUGAAUAUAUUCACGAGACCGGGGCUAGUUGUCACACUCUUUUAGGCGGUUACCUCUAAUGCUUUGCACAAAGGUGUAGCCUUUUAAAGGCACCUUUUCUUUCUGAGAGUGUUUAAGAAACAAGGAACAAUUAAUAAAAAAUCAAAAAUGUGACUUAAAUUCCAAACCAAAUGGAACCAUAACUUAUCAAAUGUGACAACUUCACUUGUCCAACAAAUAUAGCAGAUAUAUAGAAUUUUUAGCUUGGAGGAAAUAAUGAUUAGGAAAGAGAGACGUCACGUCGAUACAGACGAAUUGGAGGUCUUUCCAGAGAGACCUUAAGUCUGUCUACACAUGCUUGCCUCGUGAGACAGUUAAGGCAAGGUGCACCGCUAUCGACUAGGGAGCAAAAAACUAGGUUGCAAAAAACACUUACUUGUUCCACAGUUGGGCAGAGUAGGACCUUUGAGAGGGACCAGCACGUUCCCUUGGUAGCCCCACUGCCCGGUGGAGUGAGGGUCCCUGGGAGGUUGGUUCCUCACUGUCACUUUAAGACCACUCAGGUGACUGACUACCUGAAGCAGCGAUUGUGACCACUUAACCUAACCCCAAACCUAAACCUACCCAUUUUAUGUUGAAUAUAAAAGGAUAUAAAACACAACUGAAAAAAGAUAUCAAACCAUUGUUGUAAAAUAUUUUUAUACUCGCUAAUCCCACUCCUACCUCUAAACCUAAACAUAACUAUCUCUGUACAGUAUAAGCAAAACAAGACAGACAGAUAAAUGCACAAUCAUUUAUUUAUUGCAAAAAUGUGAAAAGCGGUACCAAAAGUAACCCAAACGACGAUGUUCUGCAGCCACUGUUCUCUCUGGCGGAAUACAGUAGGUUUGUGUAAGACGCAGAGCAAAUAAAAUUGUUUCAUUUCACAAUGAUGUUGCGUUUUUGAUGCAUUUUAUAGUUCUGUUGUCAGUCACAGAAUGUCAGAGAAAUUUAGACAUUAAGUUAAAUGACAAGUAAAGAUUAAACUAUUGCAGAAAUGUUGUUUUAAAGAAUUAAAAUGAAGUCUUGUUUAACAUUAUGAAGGCCUGUUUUUGGAGUCGAGCUGGCAGCAGAAACUGAUAUGACAACUAAAAGCAGCAAAAAUAAUAAAAUGAAUGUUGAUUUUAAUUAGGGUUCACUUUUUUAGGUGUGGUCAGUAAGUCAGGUUUGUACGUUUGAAUGCUGAAAAUAUGUAAGUAUUUGUACGUUUAGAUUUUAAAAAUAUGUCAGUUUUGUACAUUUUAGUGCCUUUAUAUUUACAUUUUAUAUUAACAUUUUGCAAACAAUGCGUAUGAAUUAUCAUUUCCAAUUAUAAUUUCCUAAUUGGCUGAUUAAUAGUUAGUGUUAGAAUUAGGGAUGUAGAAUAAGGCAUUAUUAUGCGUUUAAUUAGUACUAUAAAAGGCUAAUAUUUUAGUGAUAUGCAUGCAAAUAAGCAACUAGUUAAAAGACCUUAAAAUAAAGUGUUAUCAUUUUAAUUUGCUUUUUUUAAUGUAAACCUAUUGAGAUGUAACCCUUGUGACGACUAGCCCCGUUUUUCUCCAGAAACUCUUAUCCAACAGCCUACUAAAUGCACACUGGGUUUCAUACAGUGCGUUCAUGCCACAUGUAUAUUCUAUAAAACGUUUUAUAUUUGACUUACAGUAGUAUUCUGGUUGAUUAUCGUCUUCUGAUUAAUAUUUAGUCUCUGUUACUGCUUCGACUGUGUAAAUAUGCUCCGUCUGGCUGUUGCUCAGCUUGAUUUUUCCCUCUUCAGAAGAAUAAGGGCAUCCCUCCCUCAACGGGCUCAUGCCGGUAAUCAUAGAAUGUGCCUUCACCGUGUCCUGUGCCGUGGAGAUGACCUGGAGGCUGUCGGAGCCGUCCUCUUGGUCUCUGUGUGAUACAUUAACUGCUCAGGUCUGCUGGCUCUCCAUGAAGAAUCAAUGACAAUCUGUCUCUGAACCCCUCACUGUUUCACCCGAAAGCGUCUUGAAAUUUAUUCUGGAGUGGUUUCACGCCCACAGACAAUUAUUAGACAGUGCCAGUCGAUACACAAAUAUAAAGAUAUACGUAAAAAAGACACGUUUUUCAUUUUUGUCUUGGGUAAAACGGCUGGUUUGAGUGGACGGCAGUAUUUCGCCUCACACUGUGAUAAAUGCUCUGUGCAUCUGUGUUAUGCCGUAUGAUAUCUUAUUUGGUUGCAUGUAUAAUUAAAAUAUAAGAAUGAAGCUAA